AUGGGGCUCAGCCUCCACCCGCCGUACUUCAACCUGGCCGCGGCAGCCAGCAUCUGGGCGACGGCCACCUGCGGGGAGGCGGCGGCGGGCGGCGGCGGGCGGCCGGUGUUGUACUGCAAGCUGGUGGGGGGGCCGGCCGCCGCCCCCCUGGGCCGCGCCAUCCAGGGACAGUUUUGUGAUUAUUGCAAUGCUGCUGAUCCCAGUAAAGCUCACCCGGUAACCAAUGCAAUUGACGGCACAGAGCGCUGGUGGCAAAGUCCUCCUCUUUCUAUGGGCUUGAAAUACAAUGAAGUCAAUGUCACUUUAGAUCUGGGACAGCUCUUCCAUGUUGCCUAUAUCAUUAUCAAGUUUGCAAAUUCUCCUCGUCCAGAUCUCUGGAUCUUAGAAAGAUCAGUGGACUUUGGAAGAACUUACACUCCCUGGCAAUUUUUUGCUCACUCCAAAGCAGAUUGCUUGGAGCACUUUGGAAAGGAAGCUAACCUUCCAGUGAGGAGGGACAGCGAUGUCCUUUGCACCACAGAGUACUCUCGCAUCCUGCCUCUAGAAAAUGGAGAGAUUGUAGUAUCUUUGGUAAAUGGCCGCCCAGGAGCAAAAAACUUCACUUAUUCGUCUAGUCUUCGAGAGUUCACAAAAGCAACAAACAUCCGCCUUCAUUUUCUCAGAACUAAUACGCUUCUUGGACACUUGAUAUCAAAAGCUCAACGAGACCCCACUGUAACCCGUAGAUAUUACUACAGUAUAAAGGACAUCAGUAUUGGUGGUCGAUGUGUUUGCCAUGGCCAUGCUGAAGUAUGUAAUGCAAAGAGUGCUGACAACAAAUACCAGUUUCAGUGUGAAUGUCAGCAUAACACUUGUGGGGAAACCUGUGAUCACUGCUGCCCUGGAUAUAAUCAGAAACAGUGGCAACCUGCAACAGCUGGGAGCACAAACACAUGUGAACCCUGCAAUUGCCAUGGACAUGCCACUGAUUGCUACUAUGAUGCUGAUGUUGAUCGCUGUCGAGAAAGCUUAAACAUCCAUGGGCAUUAUGAAGGUGGAGGAGUCUGCAUUAAUUGCCAGCAUAACACAGCUGGUAUUAACUGUGAGAAGUGUGCAGGAGGUUACUAUCGUCCUUAUGGUGUUCCAGCGAGAGCUCCUGAUGGCUGUAUACCCUGCAGUUGUAACUCGGAGCGUGCAGAGGGCUGUGAGGAAGGGUCUGGCCGCUGUUUCUGUAAGCAGAAUUUCCAGGGAGAAAACUGUGAACGCUGUGCUGAUGGAUUCUAUGAUUAUCCAUUUUGUGUCCGUAUUCCUGUAUAUCCUUUUACUUCUCCCAAUCCAAGAGAUGCUAUGGCUGGCGACAUAAUCGUGUGCGAAUGUAAUGUGGCGGGUACCCAGCCUGAAGUCUGCGAUUUUCUCGGGAUGUGUCUUUGUCGCUCUGGGGUGGCUGGACUUCAGUGUGACAGCUGUCAGCCUGGCCACCACUCUUUCCCUGCCUGUCCAGAAUGUAACUGUGAUGCUGUCGGCUCAGUGGAGAAUACAUGUGGUCCUAGAGGUCAGUGUCUGUGCCGUAGCAACUAUGCUGGACUUAGAUGUGACCAGUGCGCUCCAGGUUAUUACAGCUAUCCCAGCUGCUUGCCUUGCCGCUGCUCUCCCGACGGUUCCCAGCACGGCACGUGUGAUCCCACGUCGGGGCAGUGCGAGUGUCAAACGGGCAUCACGGGGCGACAGUGCGACAGAUGCCUUUCUGCAGCUGACAGUUUCCCCAACUGCAAAGGUGUCAACAGUGAAUGUGACCCUUCAGGUAGUGUUGGUUCUCAUUCCGGCUAUUGUCAAUGUCUUCAGCACGUUGAAGGUCCUACCUGUAGUAAAUGCAAACCAUUGUACUGGAAGCUGGCCAAAGAAAACCCUGAGGGAUGUACAGCAUGCCAGUGUGAUGUGAGUGGAACUCUAAGUGGAGUCGGAGAAUGUCAGCAGGAAAACGGGCAUUGUUACUGCAAAUCUAAUGUUUGUGGGGAUUCCUGUGACACUUGUGAAGCUGGUUAUUAUGCUCUUGAAAACAAGAAUUAUUUUGGCUGCCAAGGCUGCCGGUGUGAUGUUGGAGGAUCCCUCAGCCCGUCGUGUGCCGAGCCUUCGGGUGGCUGCCAGUGCAGGGCGCACGUCGUGGGGACGGACUGUCGGGAGCCUGAAAAAAACUAUUUUUUCCCUGAUCUGCACCACAUGAAGUUUGAGAUUGAAGAUGGUACUACUGUCAAGGGAAGGGAAAUUCGGUUUGGCUAUGAUCCUCAGGAAUUUCCUAGCUUCAGUUGGAGAGGAUAUGCCCAGAUGUCCUCUAUACAAAAUGAAGUGAGGAUAACUUUGAAUGUGGAAAAAUCAAACCUCUACUUAUUUCGCAUUAUCCUGAGGUAUAUUAACCCUGGAGGUGAAACAUUAUCUGGUCGCAUAUCUGCUUGUCAGUCUCGGCCUGAAACAGGGGCUGCUCAGAGCAAAGAGUUUGUCUUCCCACCCAGCAAGGAGCCAGCUUUUGUCACAAUCCCAGGAAAAAGCUCCACAGAGCCUUUCUCACUGGUUCCAGGCACGUGGACUGUCAGUAUAAUGGCAGAGGAAGUCCUCUUGGAUUAUUUGGUGCUGUUACCUAGUGAUUACUACGAAGCAUCCAUCUUGCAGAUACAAGUUACAGAGCCUUGCACCUAUUCAGGACGUGCUUCAACAGAGCACUGCUUGCUCUAUCAGCAUUUGCCACUGGGCAGAUUUUCCUGUGUCCUUGGUUCAGAGGCAGUGUACUUCAGACAUGGGGGAGAAUACAGAAGACUAUCUGUGCGACAGCCAACUCCCGAUCAACCAGUGAUGACCCAUAUCAGUGGAAGAGAGGUCAAUUUACAGAUGACCAUAAAUGUUCCUCAAGUUGGUCGCUAUGUUCUGAUUUUUGAAUAUGCCAAUGAAGAGGAUCGGUUACACACUGCCGAGGUAAUAAUACAUAGCCCUGGACCUGUCACUGAAGGCAGAGUGAGAAUAUAUAGUUGUAAAUACAGUUUCCUUUGUCGCAGCGUUGUAGUUGACGAUAGGAAUCGCGUUGCUGUCUAUGACCUUCUAGCAGAUACAAAGAUAGAUCUUAAGGCAUCAUCAAGUAAUUUUCUUCUGCACAAGGUUUGUAUUAUAUCAGCUGAAGAAUUUUCUCCCGAAUAUGUGGAUCCUAAAGUACAGUGCAUAGCUGCUUACAGGAGUACCCGUGAUGGAAGUGCAACAUGCAUUCCCUCAGUGUAUGAAACUCCACCGGCAGCUUUGGUAUUGGAUGCAUUCAAGGAUGGGAAAAUUUCCGAAGUACGGAGAAAUAUACUCAGUGAUCCACUGAGUGCCCCUUUACCUUCUGACUCAGUUGACAGAGUCACCUUGACACCAUUACAGAACCAGAUCACCUUGAGUGGCAGAGUGCCCCGCUUGGGCAGAUACGUAUUUGUGGUACACUUUUAUCAGUCCGCACACCCGGUGUUCCCCGUGCAAAUGCGUGUGGAUGCAGGACAUGUGUGGUCAGGUUCCUUCAAUGCUUCAUUCUGCCCUCAUACGUCUGGCUGUCGGGAUCAGGUGAUUGCAGAAAACAGAAUUGAGCUUGACAUUUCUGAACCUGAGGUCUCUGUUACAGUGAUGAUACCUGAUGAAAGAAUGCUAGUUCUGGAAAAUGUCUUAGUUGUUCCAGCAGACACCUACAGUUACAAAAUUCUUGACAAAAAGACAGUGGACAAGUCAUUUGAUUUUAUCAGCCAAUGUGGACGAAACAGUUUUUAUAUUGACCCAGAAGGAUCAUCAGCCUUCUGUAAGGACUCUGUAAGGUCACUAGUGGCUUUCUACAACAACGGAGCCCUGCCAUGUAAUUGCCAUAGCGCAGGUGCCACAAGCCCUACUUGCAGCCCCCUGGGAGGACAGUGUAUUUGCAGACCUAAUGUCAUCGGUCGUCAGUGCAGCCGAUGCCGAAGUGGCUACUAUGGAUUCCCAUUCUGCAAGUUAUGCAACUGUGGGCAGCGUCUUUGUGACGACAUGACUGGUAAAUGCAUUUGCCCUCCACGAACUGUGAAACCAAAAUGUGAAGUGUGCCAGAAGCAUUACUUCAGCUAUCACCCUCUUGCUGGCUGUGAGAGCUGCAACUGUUCAGAAAGAGGAGUCGUUAAUGUGGCAAGCCCAGAAUGUGAAAAAACCAACGGGCAAUGCAAAUGCAAACCAGGAAUAAAAGGACGGCGGUGUGAUCAGUGUGCUCCUGGUACUUACGGUUUCCCAAACUGCAUGCCGUGUAACUGUAGCAGAGAUGGAACAGAACCAGAUGUUUGCGAUCCCCAGACAGGAAUUUGUCUCUGCAAGGAGAAUGUUGAAGGUGCAGAAUGUGAUACUUGCCGACCAGGAUCCUUUUAUCUGGACCCUUCUAAUCCCAGGGGAUGCACCUCUUGCUUUUGUUUUGGGGCAACCAGCAACUGUCGCAGCACAACUCAUCGCAGAACCAAGUUUGUGGACAUGAGGAACUGGCGCUUGGAGGCAGUGGAUGAAUAUAUUGACAUUCCAGUCAGUUUCAAUCCAGUCAGUAAUAGUGUAGUGGCUGAUGUUCAAGAAUUGCCUGCUUCAGUGCACAGUCUAUACUGGAAAGCACCGCCGUCUUACCUGGGUGAGAAGCUUUCUUCAUAUGGUGGCUUCCUUAGUUACCAAGUGAAAUCUUUUGGCUUACCUAGUGAGGGCAUGGUUCUUCUGGAUAAGAGACCUGAUAUACAACUAACAGGCCAGCAAAUGAAAGUUGUUUAUAUGGAUCCCAACAACCCACUGCCAGACCGUCAAUAUUAUGGCCGUGUACAGCUAGUUGAGGGAAACUUCAGGCAUGCCAGCAGCAAUAACCUUGUAUCCAGAGAAGAACUGAUGAUAAUCCUGUCUAGACUAGAUGGCUUAUACAUCAGAGGCCUUUACUUCACGGAGACUCAGCGAUUAACCCUUGGUGAGGUUGGGCUGGAAGAAGCCACCAGCGCAGGAAGCGGCAGCAUUGCAUACAGUGUAGAGACAUGCUCCUGCCCUCCGGAGUAUGCUGGUGACUCAUGUCAGGAAUGUGGCCUUGGAUUUUAUCGUGAGACUAAAGGAUUACUUACGGGACGCUGUGUCCCCUGCAACUGCAAUGGAAAUUCAAAUAGGUGUCAAGAUGGUACUGGAAAAUGUAUUAACUGUCAGUAUAAUACUGCUGGGGAGAAAUGUGAGCGCUGUAAAGAUGGUUAUUUUGGAGAUGCCACUCAAGGUUCCUGUCGGGUGUGUCCUUGCCCUUAUACAAACAGAUUUGCAACUGGCUGUGUGGCAAAUGGUGAAGAAAUUCAGUGUCUCUGCAAAGAAGGCUAUACCGGAGUUCGCUGUGAACGCUGUGCUCCAGGAUAUUUUGGAAAUCCACAGAAAUAUGGAGGCUACUGUCAGAAAUGUAACUGUAAUAAUAAUGGACAGCUGGCUAGCUGUGACCGUCUGACUGGAGAAUGUUUCAAUAAUGAACCAAAAGAUGUGGAUCCCAAUGAAGAUUGUGACCCUUGUGAUAGCUGUGUAAUUACACUGCUGAAGGAUUUGAGCACAACAGGUGACGAGCUUCAGCUGAUUAAGUCUCAGCUGCAAAACGUCCAUGCAAGUACCCACACACUGGAGCAGAUGAGACGUCUGGAAGCACGCAUCAAGGACUUAAAGGUCUUAUUGAACAAUUACCGUUCUGUUGUUCGUAAUCAGGGUUCAAAGGUAGAUGAGUUGGAGACAGAAUUCAUUAACCUAAAUCAUGAUAUAAAUGCUCUCCAGGAAAAGGCUGAAAUGAACUACAAAGCAGCUGAGAUAUUAUUUAAUAAUUUUGGCCAAACUCAUCAGAAAGGAAAGGAUUUGGUUUCACGAAUACAAAUAGUUGUCAACAAUAUACAAGUGCUCUUGGAACAAAUAGCUGGUACAAAUGAAGAAAGUAACAACUUGCCCUUGGGAGAUGCUGCCAAAGAACUGGCCGAAGCUCAACGCAUGAUGACGGAGAUGCGAAACCGCAACUUUGGCCAGCUUCAGGCAGAGGCGGAGAAGGAGAGAACAGAAGCUCAGCUGCUACUGGCACGUAUUAAGAAUGAACUACAAAAGUACCACCGAGAAAAUCAUGGGCUUAUUAAAAUUGUGAGGGACUCAUUGAAUGAAUAUGAAUCCAAAAUCACUGACCUUCGUGAAGCUCUGAAUGAAGCAACGGGACAAAUCAAGCAGGCUGAAAACUUAAACAGAGAUAAUGGAGUUCUGUUGGAAGACAUUAAGAAACGGAUUGAGGAGACAAAUGUACAACAGAAGGGUAUCUUGGAUAUUCUGAGCUCUGCCCGAUCUUCCCUGAUGCAAGCUAACAGUGUACUUGGAUUAUUGCAAAAGAGCAAAGAGGAAUAUGAAAGCCUGGCUGCUCAGCUGGAUGGAGCAAGGAAGGAUAUGAAUGAAAAGCUGACAAAUCACUCCUUAUCAGCAAGCAAAGAACCAUUGGUGGUGAGGGCUGAGGAACAUGCCAAAUCUUUGCAAGACUUGGCAAAACAACUGGAAGAAAUAAAGAACAGUGCCAGGAAGGACGAGUUGGUAGGCUGUGCUGUGGAAGCUUCUACUGCCUAUGACAAUAUUAUUAAUGCCAUCAAAGCGGCAGAGGAAGCGGCCAACAAAGCUGGGAAUGCAGCUGACUCAGCUUUAUCGACUGUGAAGAGAGAAGACCUAUCAGGAAAAGCUGCAAAGUUAAAAACCGAGAGCAGUACACUUUUGAAUCAAGCACAGGAGACUGAAAGGACAUUGCAAGCUAUUGGUCCAACCCUUGAAGACAUAAAGCAAAGACUCAGUGUCGCUGAUGGAAAGAAGAAUACACUGCAAAUUGAUCUUGUCACUCUUCAAAAUAAUCUCAAUGGGAUAAACAGAGAUGACAUCAACAGCAUCAUCACCAGUGCAAAGAACAUGGUAAAAAGUGCCAAGGAUGUCACAAAUAACGUAUUGGAUGAACUGCUCCCAAUUCAAGCAGAUGUGGAGAAAAUGAAGAGCACCUAUGGAAGCACACAGAGUGCUGGCUUCAGUAAAGCAUUGAUGGAGGCAAACAAUUCAGUAAAAAAAUUGACAAACAAACUUCCAGAUCUGUUCAGCAAGAUCGAGAGUAUCAACCAACAGCUGAUGCCAAUAAGCAACAUCUCUGAGAACGUAAAUCGCAUAAGAGAGCUGAUUCAACAGGCAAGAGAUGCUGCAAAUAAGGUUGCUAUUCCUAUGAGGUUCAAUGGCAGCUCUGGUGUAGAGGUUCGACCUCCAAGCAACCUUGAAGAUCUGAAAGGCUAUACUUCACUUUCUUUCUUUCUCCAAAGACCUCAGACAAGAUUAGACACCUCCCAGAGGGCAUCAAAUAAGUUUGUACUGUACCUGGGCAAUAAAGAUGCUUCCAAGGACUAUAUUGGUAUGGCUGUGAAGGAUGGUCACCUCACUUGUGUCUAUAACCUGGGAGAUGGUGAUGUAGAAAUAGAUGUGCAGCCGUUUGUGACUCAAAGCGAAACUGAGGAAGCUGUUAUGGAUCAAGUUAAGUUUGAAAGGAUUUACCAGUAUGUAAAGCUGAAUUACAUCAAAGCAGCAACAUCAACUUCUCCAGAGUAUGCAAGCCCUUUGACUGCAAGCAGUGGAGGCAGUGACACUCUCCUAAAUCUUGAUCCCAGCACUGUGGUCUUUUAUGUUGGAGGAUACCCACCAGAUUUUAGGCCUCCACAUAAGCUAGACUAUCCUCAUUAUGAAGGCUGCAUUGAAUUAGACAACCUAAACGAGCAUAUUAUCAGCCUUUACAACUUCAAGAGGACGUUUAAUCUCAAUACCACUGAAGUGCAACCCUGCAGAAGGUAUAAAGAAGAGACUGACCAAAGCUAUUUUGAAGGUACUGGUUAUGCCAGUGUCACACUGAAAGAACCAAAUAUCCACAGCCAAGUACGCUACGAGCAGACAAUUGAGACUACUGCAGAUGAAGGCAUUGUGUUUUUUGCAGCAAAUGGGGAUCAGUUCAUCAGUGUGCUCAUUAAAGAUGGUCAUACAGUUUUUAGAUACAAAGUUGGCUCUGAGCCUCCAAAAGAAAUAGAAACCAAUGCAACUGUAAAUGAUGGAACAUAUAAGCAAAUUCAUCUGGUGCUUGCCCGAAGUAGGAAUACUGUUCAUGUCAAGCCUGAUAUUAAAGCCAACAUAAAUGUCUUCAUUUUCACUAAAUACUAUCUAGGUGGAAUUCCACCUUCUCUACGGGAACGCUUUAAUAUAUCCACACCUCCAUUCCGGGGCUGCAUGAGGAAUGUGAAAAACCCUAACACUGCAUCUGUUAUUUUUGAUGAGACUGUUGGUGUCAGCAAGAAAUGUUCAGAUGACUGGAAGCUCGUCAGAUCUGCAGCUUUCUCCAAGAAGGGAACACUGAGCCUGAGUGCAGCAGAUUUCCCUUUUCCCAAGGAUUUCCAAGUUGGCUUUGGCUUUCAGACCAUGGCAUCAACUGGAACACUCUUGAAUUACAAUCUACGGCCUAAUAUUCUUACCAUCUUUCUGAGACCUGGCUUUGUAAUUGCAAAGGUGGGAGAGAAGGAAAUCGAACUGAAAAAGAAAUAUGAAGAUGGGUCAAUGCAUUAUGUGACAGUAAUAAAAACAGACAACAGAGUUCAUCUGCUGGUUGAUGAUGAAUCGGCAUUAGCAUCAGUUGACUCUGCAAGAGAACAGGCAUUAAUCGAACCUAUAAAAUUUGGUGGAGAUAAUUUUGAAGGUUGCAUCUCAAACAUCUUUAUAAAAAGGGCAGGUCAGCUCCCUGAGGUUCAAAAUCUCAUUAAUUAUACUGCAAAGACUGGUGUAUCCCUUGGAGCUUGCCGCAAAUAUGAGAACCUUGAACCAAUGCUGCUGAAGGAAUUUAAAAAUCCUUUCAGGUUUAAGAUGCUCAAGAAUGAAAAAUACCUUGAUUAUUUGAAAGCUGCUAAUGUGCAAAACCAGCAAACCCAAACUUUACCAAUGGAGUUAAAUGUUAGCAGUGAAGCAUAUCUCCUUGGAAACAUCCCCAACAGUUUCAUAUCCUACAUGUUUUCUCCACCGUCAUCUACAGACAGGUUACAUUUUUCUGUAGAUGUACGGACUCGAUCAUCAAGAGGAUUAAUAGUUUUCAUGGAGGAAAGGUCUGAGGACUCUUAUAUGGCUCUCCUCGUUUCAAAAGGACAUUUUGUCUUUUCACUUGGCUCUGAAGGAAAACGAAUCAAAAUCAAAACCAGUAUUAAAUACAAUGAUGGGCAAUGGCACACUGUGGUCUUCAGCACAGAUGGGAAGAAUGUCCGCCUUGUUGUUGAUGGUCUAAGGGCCCAGCACAGAAGAUUAGAAACAAAUUCUGCCAUCAGCAUUAAGCCACCAAUCUACGUGGGAGGGCUGCCAUCACUGAAAAGACAGAAAAUAGCAAUGAACAGUUUCAAGGGUUGCCUGAGGAAUUUUAAGAUGAAUGGAAAAGUCAUGAAUGCACCUCAGCAAAAAAAUGGCGUACUUCCAUGUCUGGAUGUUCCCAUGGACACGGGGAUUUAUUUCUUUGAUGAAGGAGGAUAUAUCACCAUUGGUAAUUUGCUGGUGGGCUUGGAUUUUAGGAUUGUAUUUACCAUUCGACCAAGGAGUUCAACAGGUAUACUCCUCCAUGCUGGAAGCAAGCAAGACAACUACUUGACUGUUUACAUGGAAGGAGGAAAGGUCAUUGCUGCUGGAAAUAGUGGUGCUGGAGAAUUCCAGACAUCAGUCACACCUAAGCAACCUCUAUCUGAUGGACAGUGGCAUACUAUUGCAGUGUCUCAGAAGAAGAACACAGUGCAGCUAGAGGUGGGCACACAGAGUAACUAUACCACUGGACUUCCACCCUCUCCUCCUAGACGUGUGCAUCAGCCACUCUACUUUGGCAAAAUUCCAGCAAAUUUGGGCACACUGUGGCUCCCAGUUAAAGACCCAUUUUUUGGCUGUCUUCGGAAUAUUGACAUUAAUGACAAACAUGUCUCCACCAGGAGAAUUUCAGACGUUCAUGGUGUAGUGAGUUUGUAUGGGUGCCCAGCGAAGUAA